UAUUAUCUGUAGUUAAUAUUGCAUUCUUCCUGUGGAUGUAAUGACUGACUAACUGCAAACUGUUAGGUAUAGAAUUAUCUUUGGUUGAAGGAACAUCAGAGGUACUGUAAAGUCUGUGAUUUAUUGUGUUAGAUUUGGUGAGAGUUUAUAAGGCUGUCAAUAUUAGGCUUCUCCAAACAUGUAGGAUCCACCAUCUUAAAGCUACCCGACCCCCUUCCCUCAUGUUUCCAUGUAAAGCCAUGUUAUAAAAGGAGUGCAUACAGAACCAAGAGAAAACAAAACCUCUUCAAAUCAAAAUUCAUCCUAUGACUUUCAAUUCUUUUAACUUUUGCUUCUAAAGUAAGUCUCCCUCCAAAAUAUUUUGACACUUAUGUAUGUAUGUUGCUAAGCUGCUUUAUAUAAGUCAAUUUGAUUGAUUCUUCCCAAGAUAUUAAUACGUACAAGUCCUCUCGAACUAAUAUUAUUUUUAGUUCAAAACUUCUGUAACUUUUUGGAAGGAAAAAACAUUUUUUGUCUCCAUGGCAGCCGAUGAUAAUACGACCAGCCUUCGUAUUGCAUCAUUUUCUUGUUACCUCAGCAACCCUGAAGAGAGCUUUGUACAGAAAAUUGGUGGUGCAGUUGAGUCUGCUCUUAUUUCACACCCUGAGACCCCAUUUUCCUUGACUGCAGUAAAAGCUGCUAAGGCAGCUGCUGCAAAGCCGUCCUUAAACAGCAACCAAGAUAACCUCGCGAAUCUUCGCAUGGAGUCUUUUUCUUAUCUCAAAACAAAGGAAGAAAACUUUGCGUUUAAGAAUUCAGCAGCACCAGUUCAAGAUCCUACUAUUGCAUUUGUAUUUCCUCAACAGGUAAAACAACUAGAACGAAACAAGUCCAAAGAUGGAGAGAUUAGCAUAUUUGGUGCUGACAAGUACUUCAACAUGGACUUGGAUUAUGGAGCUGCCCCUCUCCCUCCAGAUGGGGUUAUGAAGUACAAGACAACAGAUCCGCCAAACCUGAAACCCAAUGUACAGUCGGGAACUCCUAGCAUUUGUUCUGAGGCAAGCAGCUGGAACAGUCAAAAUGCACUGUUACAAAAUAUUCGGCGAAAUGGAUGUCAGACAAAGCAGAAGAAGAUAACAAGAAGAAGAUUUCUGGACAGCAUCAGCUGUCAACCUUGUUCGGACAAGAAAGCAGUUUAUGUGGAUGAAAGCAUAGGACAUGCAAUUUCUCAGCCAGGACCAAAGCAUGGGGUAGGUCCUUUUGCGUUGAGUUUGGCUCAAGGUCAAAGCAUUGAAGAGCAGAGGAAAUCACUGGAAGUGUUUGGCUCUGGCAAAAUGGGAAAAGGAGAUAUAGCAGUGAACUUAGAGAGGAAACUCUCUAUGUUAACUUGGGACGCUAUUCCUAAAGCCCAAAACCUCCCUACAACUACCAACGGAAGCAGCACGGUCUGUGAUGACAUGGCUAGCGAUGCUAGCUCCGAUUUAUUCGAAAUUGAGAAUAUAUCCAGCAGUGGAUAUGGACUUGUGAAUACACAAACUUCAGGUGAUUGUAUGUCUAGCAGUUGUAUGUCUCCAACAACUCAGUACGCGCCAAGUGAGGUCAGCAUUGAGUGGAGCGUUGUCACAGCCAGUGCUGCUGAUUACUCGUCCAUUAUCUCCGAUUAUGAUGAAAAAAACUUUUGCAUUAGUGGUAACAUAAAUUCAAGAUAUGCAACCGAUAAAACCACCAAAAACAAGAACACAGUAGGCAAAGAGGUGCAAAAAACUUGCCCGAGUACUGGGCUUUUAGGUUGCAAGAGCCAUAAAGCUGUAAAUGUGGCUGAAACUGUGCAUAAGACUAGUGAGAAAGCAAAUCAAAGAUGAUUUAAUUCCCUCAUAGUUCAGUAAAUUUGAGAGAAAAAUUAUUUUCUUAUUGAAAAGGAGUGUAAAACUUAAUAGUUUAGUUCGACUGUACUUGGUAUAAUCUUGGCUUAAUCCCUAUCUUUCUUUCCUUAAUAAAGGAAUAGUUUGUAUUAUUGUAGCUAAUUUGUCUUCCUCUUAACUGCCGACUCUAUCUUGUCAUGAGUAAA